AUGCAUGCUUUUGGUUAAGUAGAAUUAAAAGGUGAAAAGUCUGACUACAAAAUCUUAGAUUUUUGUGAACAAACUCUUGAAGAUGGAUCAAUAAAUUUUUCAAGAAGCGAUUUAGCUCUUUAAAUGUUAUAGCAACUGGAAAAUCUACACAGAAUGGGUCUUAUUCAUCGUGAUGUCAAACUUGAAAAUUUUAUGAUUAAAGAUAAUCAAGUUUAUCUCAUUGAUUUUGGAGCAUCUUUAAAAUACAAAGAUGGAGAAAAUCACAUUCCCUUCAAAUCUAAAAGCGAAAUAUACGGCACUCCUUAUGCUGCAUCUCUAAACUCUCACAGAUGCUUUGAAGUUGCUCGUGCUGAUGAUCUCAUUUCUCUAAUAUAUUCUUUAUUGUGGUUAUGGGAAGUUGAGCUUCCUUGGAAAGAAAUUGCUCUGAAUCAAGGGUAAUAUUAGGAAUAUGAAAAUGAUUAAUUAUUUGCACCUAUCUACUAAUCUAAAUCUAGAUUGAAACUUAAAGAUCUUAAGGAUAGAGAUAGCAAAAUUCUUUUCUAUGUACUAAAAUAUUACUUAGAGGAAAUGCAAGACCUACAAUUUGACAAUAAAGAUAUUGAUUAUGAAUUCAUCAAAAAGUAAUUCUCUCUAUUUGUGCAAAAUCUAAAACUUAACUGA